UCAGACAUCAUCACACACUCACACAGCAGCUCCCUCAGUCUGUCAGGACUCCUCGUCCUCCUCGUCCUUUUCAUCCUUCACCUAUCAGACCACCUGGAUUGUACGAGAGUUGCCGGCUGUGACGGAGGAGAAGAAAGAAAAUAAAAAGAGAGAGAGAGACGCUCAGCGGAGAGAGAGAAGCGUUCACACACUGAGGAUAACGCUUCAUCUGAGUCGGCAGGCUGAAGGCACAGCCAGUGGCACUGCAGAGGCACAGCAGCAGCACAGUGGGCUGAAGCUUUUCGCUGCAAGAGGUAGAGGAACAUGAGAUCCCGCAGCAACAGUCUGGAGGACGUAACCAAGGCCAAGCAGGCGGACUCACGCAAGCGUUCUGCAGAGCGAGAGGAGCCCUCUGGACGGGCCGAGCGCCGCAGCCGACAUCGGGAGCCGCCGGACGACACCGGCACCAUCCAGAGGAAUCACAAGACGGCCAAGAACAGCACCUGCGCUGGUGGGACUGGGAGUGGGAAUGGGAACGGGAAUGCCAGUGGUGCCACAAAGGCGGGUCGGAAGGAGAAGACCAGGGACCUUUCCAGAGAUGACCUCGUAUUUCUGCUGAGCUUGCUCGAGGGAGAGCUGCAGGCCAGAGAUGAAGUGAUCACAGUGCUGAAGGCAGAGAAGCUCGACUUGGCCUUGCUGGAGGCCAAAUAUGGCUUCGUCACGCCAGAGAAAGUGCUGCAGGCCCUGCAGAGGGACGCCAUCCAGGGCAAGGCCGAGGGUUUGCAGGAGGACAUCUAUGAGAAGCCCAUGGAGGAGCUGGACAAGUUAGUGGAGAAGCAGAGGGAGACGCACCGGCGGAUGCUGGAGCAGCUGUUGAUGGUGGAGCAGUCGCACAAACAGGCCCUGUACAAGCUGGAGGACGAGAAGAGGAACCACGGAGAGUUCAUGAAGAAGAGCGACGAGUUCACGAACCUGCUGGAGCAGGAGCGCGAGAGGUUGAAGCUGUUAAUUGAUCAGGAGAAAGCCUACCAAGAAAGGAAGGACGAAGAGAACAACAAAAAGGUCACAAGCCUGAAGGAGGAGCUGACAAAACUCAAGUCAUUUGCGUUGAUGGUUGUGGAUGAACAGCAGCGUCUCACUGAGCAGCUGAAACAACAAACAGCCAAGGUCCAAGAACUGAGUGCCAGUGCCUCACAAGCCCAGGAGGAGCUGAGCUCAGCUAAUGCUCGUCUGCAGGAAGAGGAGCAAAAGGUCUUUCGCUUGGAGGCUGAGCUGCGUGACCAGAGCGGUCGAUACCAUCAGGAACAAGAAGGCAUGACGGCCAAACUGACCAGUGAGGAUGCCCAAAACAGGCAGCUGCGCCAGAAACUCUCAGCUCUCAGCAGGCAGCUUGAUGAGCUGGAGGAGACCAACAAAACCCUGCGCAGAGCUGAAGAGGAACUGCAGGAGCUGAGGGACAAAAUCAGUCGUGGCGAGUGUGGAAACUCUAGCCUCAUGUCUGAGCUUGAAGAGUUACGGAAGAGGGUACUUGAAAUGGAGGGAAAGGAUGAGGAGCUGAUCAGAAUGGAGGACCACUGCAGGGACCUCAACAAGAAACUGGAGAAAGAGGCGCACCAGAGCCGGAGCCUGAAGGCCGAAGUCGAUAAACUGAACCACAGGAUUAUGGACUUGGAGAAAUUAGAGGAUGCGUUCAGCAAGAGCAAACAAGAAUGCAGUUCCCUCAAAAGUAACCUGGAGAAGGAGAGGACAGUGUCAAAGGUGCUGACCAGUGAGCUGGAAGGCUUGAAAGCCAGGGUCAGAGAACUGGAGGCUGCUGAAAGCCAACUGGGAAAGACGGAGCUGACACUGAAGGAAGAUCUAACCAAGUUAAAGACUCUCACAGUCAUGCUGGUGGAUGAGAGGAAGGCGAUGGCGGAGAAGCUGAAGCAAAUGGAGAACAAAGUUCACAACAGCACUGGCAAACUUCAGGCAGAACAGGAUAAAGUUACAUCAGUCACAGAGAAGCUGAUUGACGAGAGCAAGAAGGCACUGAGGUCCAAAGCUGAGCUGGAGGAGAAAAUGUGCAGCGCCACGAAGGAGAGGGAUGACCUGAAGGCCAAGCUGAAGAAUGAGGAGGAAAAGAGCAAUGAUUUGGAGUCAAAGAUCAAUAUGAUGAAGAAAAGGUUGCAGUCCCUAGAGAACAUAGAAAGGGAACACCUGAGAAGCAAAGCCAAAGAGGAGCACAUCAAGACACCCAUUGCUAACCGCUUCCAACAAGAAGACAACAAAGUGAAGGACUUGACGCAGGAGGUUGAACGCCUCAGACGCAAGUUAAAGGACAUGAAGGUGGUGGAGGGCGACCUCUUGAAGACAGAGGAGUUUGAAUCACUGGAGAAAAGAUUCACCAACGAACAAGAGAAAGCUAAAGUCUUGAUGGAGGAGCUGGAAAUAUCCAGAAAUGAACUUUCCAAGUACCAGCUGGCUGAAAAGAAAGAGUGCAACCAAGAGCAUGUUCUUUAUAAACGCUUGAAGGACGAGGAGGCAAAGUCUAGUCACUUGACCAGAGAGGUAGCAGCCCUGAAAGAGAAGAUCCACGAGUACAUGGGAACUGAGGAGUCCAUUUGUCGUAUGAAGACCGACCACUCUACACUGCAGAGAAAACUGACCCAACAGGAAGUCAGGAACAAAGAACUGGCCAGAGAAAUGGAAACACUCACAAGAGAGCUUGAGAGAUACAGACGCUUUAGCAAAAGUCUUCGCCCAGGCAUGAAUGGAAGACGCUUUUCCGACCUUCAUGUUGCCACCAAGGAAGUUCAGACGGAGCCUCUUGACCUCAUGUCUCCCAACUGUAAGACAAUGGCACCACUGGAACGUGCCGUUGUGAACGGGAAGCUGUACGACGAGAGCGAACCUGAGGAUAACGCAAAUUACAGCAACGAGCUCCAGCUCAGCAAAUGCAGCCCCUCGCUCAUCAACAACGUCAACAAUCUGAACAACAACAUGAGAAGAGCGCGAGUCCCGUUCCUGAAGAACAAAGACAACGCCCAUCAGGUGAACGGGAAAGUGCAGCCGCGGCAGAACGGGAACCACGUUCAGCCUGGAGAUGUUGUGUUGACCCACAGUCCUGGGCAGCCUCUGCACAUUAAAGUGACUCCUGACCACGGACAUAACACAGCGACGCUAGAGAUCACCAGCCCGACCACAGAAAACACCCAGUCAUUCACCAGCACUGCCGUCAUACCCACAAGCGGAGGUCCGCCCAAACAGAGAAUUACCAUCAUCCAGAAUGCUUCCAUAUCCCCGACUGCAAAGUCCAUUUCCCCAACAAUGAAAUCCAAAGGUUCCCCAAUAUCAGAUGAACCUUGCUCACCAGAUAGGGCCCUAUCACCGUUCACCAUGUCCACAUACUCCAGAGCAAUGACUCCAGACUCAUGUGGCUCCGUGACCCCGGACAGAGCCAUGUCACCUAUACAGAUCGUGUCCGUCACAACAGGCACCCCUGAACGCUCCCUCGCCACGGAGCCAGUCGAGGUCGUCGGAGGGCACGCCGUCUUCCGAGUGACCCCGGAGAGGCAAACCAACUGGCAGGUCCAGAGGUCCAACAGCUCUGGGCCCAACGUCAUCACCACAGAGGACAACAAAAUCCACAUCCACUUAGGGAGCCCCUUCAUUCAGAGCAUCAGCACCCCGACGCAAACGCUGAGUCCGUGCCACACGCCUGGACUCCAGGAGCAAAGGACUCAGGUGCUUGCAAAUUGCAGCACUCCUACUAUCAAGGGCAACAGCAAAAUCACAAGUAGCAUCAUGAUUAAGCCCACCUCCACCCCAAUCCAAAGGCCAUCACAAAUUACAGUAAGUAAUGCCUAUGACUGACCCCAUAACCGCCAAAACUCCUCCAUCCCAUCCUGAAUCCUGCCCAUGAGAUCCACCACAGCCAUAGACCCCCUAGACUCCCCCAGAUCUAUACCCUGAUUCAUUUACAUGUGUUUUUACUUGAUUUAUGAGUUUAAACCAGGGUUUGAAUGUUUUCCUUUUUUUUUUUUUUUUUGGUUUGCUUGGUUCUGUGUGAAACAAUUGUUUGCCUGCAUGAGAAAACAAUACCAUUUUGAAAGCACUAGAUUUUGAUUUCAUUUGACAUAACACCGGGUUCUAACUUAUGUGCACUUACUGUAUUGUACUCAGUGGCUAAUUUGCCAUGUAGUCAAGACUAUUCACACUGAUGUAUCAUGCCAGUUUUUAUACUUCAUAUUACACAUUACUGCAUUAUGAUUAAGUUGUUUGGUUUUUCUGAGAAUUAAAGUGUGCAAAAAGAUGUGUUAUGUUUUAUAGUUUGUCAUCCAUGCUUGCCAAUUUUCAUUUAUCCACUAAAUCCAGCAUGUUUUUGAAUCUGUAAAAAAAUUAAAAAGUAAUCUGAGGAAAAUGCGAUUAGGUUGAGAUCACUUGUUUGAUUUGAUUUUUUGGUGCAUGCACAGUGACUGUUUAACUCAGUGUGUUAUUCAAACGAUCGUCAUUCAAUAUCUUAGAUUUGACGCCUGUCAAGACUUUGUCAGACCUAAUUAAACGAUACCGAAGUGGA